UCGUCUGAUAGUUUCCGUUUGGAACUUUCAAUGAGUAACUCUAGAAGCCCAAAAUCUGCUGCUACAACUGCAUCACGUCUUACUGCAAAUUCCAGUCAUAAAAAGAAUGUGAAUUAUGCUGCUGAUGAGGAUAAUGACAGCAUCGACAAUUUUAAAAUGGACGAGGAAGAGGAACAAAUAAUUACUCCUAAUCGCCGAGGACGUAAAUCUGCAGUUGCUUCGCCAAAAACACCGAAAAAUACUCCAAAGGCAGCACUCACUUCUGAGCUUUUCAACACGCCAGACAUUGGGAAAAAGAAGCCACAAACUGCUGUUUCUGCCUCUGCUAAGAAAGCGGCUUUGGAGUCUGAAUUUUACAUUGUUCCUGAAUUAACACCUAAAGAACAAUAUGAUGUGGAUCAUCCGGAGGAUAUUGGGCAUUUUCUUUCACCGGGCGCUCGUGUACUUGCUUUAUGGGGAAAUGAAUAUUAUGGAGCUCAUAUUUGCGGUCGUGAAGCACUUGGUCGUUAUUAUGUUUUAUUUGCUGAGGAUAAUCUUAAAAGAAUCCUUCCUCCAAGUGGUGUUCUUGCAAUUUCGUUUUUAUCAGAAGGAUUUCAGGUCUCAUUCAUAGAUUCUAUUGCCAAUGAGGAAGUUGGAAAAGUAGCUAUUGUGGAAAAACAGCCUCAAAUGGGCGAUAAACAGCAACCUAAUGAAUGGGUUAAUGGAAUGUUUACUUUGCGUGAAUUGGAUGAUGAAAUGAAUUCUACUCAAGAAAUUAGAGAAAUUUUAUGGUCUCGAAUAUUUUUAACCAAAGAUCAAGCGGCAGUUAUACUUAAAGGACGUCAAUUCAAUCCGGUUCCAAAGAUUGACCAAGAAAAUAUUAUUAGUGAAUCUCGUUCAACUCGUCGUAGCCGUAGUAGUCGUUUAUGCUAUUCUGAUUUUGGAUCUGCCUCGCCAUCACCCAUGAAAACUCCAACAUCAGUCAAACGUUCUGAAGCUAGUUUAAUUGUUACACCUAAAACACCACAACAUAAAUCGCCAAAAGGAAGAGGUUCUACUACACCUCGUAGUAAUCGGAAAAAAAUAAAUUUGGCUGGUUCUCCUGAAGAUAAUAAGCCUGAUACUACAGAUAUGCCUGUUUUGUCUGCUUACGGGAAAGAAGAGCAAGAUGAUGAACAAAUUGAAGGUAACAAUGAAGACAUGAAGAGUGAUGACGUUGAGGACGACAAAAAUCUCACCAAUAAAUCGUCGCCAAGAAUUACUAGAAGCCGGGCCUCUGGCAGCAACGUUACAACUCCGCAAAAGCAACAAACUCCUCGUAAAAGUCCUCGAAGUGCUAAAAAGAAUGAGACUAAAGAAGAAGAAGGAUUAGGUGAUUAUUUGGAGAUAACUGGUGAAAAGAUUGAAGUGACAAUAAAUGAGGAGGAUUUGGAUAGCUUUAACGAUAGUCACAACAGCACAAUUAUUGAGGAUAGCACCCCUCAAAGGAAGCCUAGUCCAUUUGAUGCCGUGCAAAUUCUUAGCCCUGUGCAGGAGAUUACUGAGCUCAAUACCACGGGAUCCUACACUUCUAGUGCUGGAAGUGUUGCAGAAGCUCAACUUUUUAUUGGAUUUAAAUUUGUGUUAACAUCAGCAAAUCGACCAAAUAAAGUGAGCGAUUUUAACAAGCGCGAUUAUCGCACAAAGAUUGAAGAACGUGGUGGUAUUGUAAUGGAAGAUUUUUCGACACUUCAGGAAGGAGAACAUGCUUUUUUGAUUGCUGAUACUUUUUAUCGAACACACAAAUAUUUGUGUGCUCUUUCGUUGUCAAUUCCUUGUUUGAGUUAUCUUUGGAUACAAGAAUGUGUUUCUAAGAAAAAAUUGGUUGAAUAUGAGGAAUUUUUGCUGCCUGCUGGUGAAUCGACUUCUGAGCCCGGUCGUAUCUGUCAAUGGAAGCCUUUGAAAGGUGUUCUUUUUAAUGGCAAAAGGGUCAUCAUUUACAAUCGUCACUACAAUGAAGAUCCGAAUGUUAUCCCAUUUGGAGAAAUUUGGAUUGCACUGAUGCGAAAUCUUGGAGCUACAGUUGUUGGAAUUGGGCAUGGUGAACCUUUUUCGAGAGAGGCUAAUAAAACUGCUACACUUGAAGCAAAAUUGGAGUUUUGUAGGAAAACCGAUUUCGAUAUCUUUCUUACUGAAAAUGAUUGCGAACCACAAUUGGCCAGAUGUGCAACUGCAAAAAAUGCUUUAGCUGUUUCGAGUGAAUGGAUUAUACAAGCAAUGGUUACUGGAGAAUUGCCUCCAAUAGAGGAAUGUGAUCGUUUCCGCUAUGACUAUACUUAAGAAAAUAACAUUAAAAAUGGAUGUCAAUUUUUGAUAUGGAUUAUAAAAAUAUUUUUCGUUUGAUUUUCCCCUAAGAAUUAUACCGAUACUGACUUUAUAUAUUUAUUUCGAAAAUAUGUAUCUUUUCUACAAUUAUAUAUAAAAUUGAUCUUGAGUAUUUUUUAACUAGGACAUAGCAGAUCAGGCUGUUUUCCCUCUGCUUCUACUUUUUGCGUGCAUUUUUUAAGGAUAUUAUCAUUUUUGAUGUGCCAACUCUCGAUAAAACUAUAGAUUUAGAAUUGCCUUACCAUAUCAUAGAUAGGACUCUAG